AUGGCCACCGAAACCAACCCUCGAGGCAUCCCUACCUUUCCUUUUAUGAACAACGUGACAGACUAUGUCAAGUCCGUCGACGAGGUGGAGUCUACGCUGCAGAGGUUUCAAGAAAUGGUUUCCAAGUAUACAUUCAUGCAGCAAAACGUGGAGCGUCGAGCGGCUGGCUUGAAGGAGAAAUUACCAGAGAUGAAGAGGACGCUGGAGGUGGUCAAGUUUCUGAAGAAGAAGAGGCGGGAUCUUGCCGAGAGGAAAGAGGGAGGUGAGGACGGAAGUGGAGAGGAAGAUAUAGAAGAGGACGAUCUACUGGGGGAAAAGCCCGUGGCGGCAGAUGAGAUUGAAACAACGUUCAGUCUUCAAGAUACCCUCUACGCCAAAGCCAUCAUCAAACCCGCCGAGAUCAACGAUGUCUACCUCUGGCUUGGGGCUAAUGUCAUGGUAGCCUACCCGCUCGACGAAGCAGAAGAGCUCCUGCAAGGAAAACUGGACAAAGCAAAAGAGAGUCUUGCUGCUUGCGAUGAGGAUCUUGAGUUCCUGAGGGUGCAAAUCACGACACUCGAAGUCGCAAUCGCACGGGUGCACAAUUGGGAUGUGGGGGAGAAGAGGAAGCUGAGAGCUCAAGGCAAACUGCCCGCGGAUGAGAGUGGGAGGGACAAGGAUUGA